AGCGUAGUGUUUCUCCACACGGUUCGUUCAGCCUCUCUAACAAUGAAUCGUGUCUACAAGAGAAAGGGAGCGAACAACGUUGUGCAGCGCGAUGGUACCUCGACUGAUCAUGAGCACGGCGGUAAACAACAUGUCAACAUUUCGAGACACACCCGCACUUAUCUUCCCGCAGUUCAGCAUCCACUGCUGAGAAGAGGAACGGGCAACAUUGCACUAACCGUUACCCAAGCAGCUACCGGAUUACACCCGUUUACUCCUUCAGCACCAAGAACGCAACCUGCAAUGAAACCCAAAGAUGCUCAUUUCCAUUUGACGAAAUCGAAGACGCCGAUCUUGCCUCAGGCCGAUGGCGCUCACCAGUCUAGAAAUACGCCUUUUCGCUUAGUGUCUGGAAAUUUUACAGAAAGAAAUGAAGCAGGCAAUCACCUGCUUCCACCCAUUCGAAUGGACAAAGAUACAGAAGAUAAUAAGACACCGGCAGAGUCGACUGUUGAGUUAUCGUCAGAAAGUGACAGCGAAGAAGAAGAGGAGGAAGCAGAAGAGGAAGAAGAAGAAGAGGAGGAAGAAGAAGUGAUUGUGACUCCAACCCACAAUGACAUGGAACCUGUUAUCCAGAUGAAGUUUCACUCUUGUGAUCCACAUGGCAUCUUUCCUGCCACAAUUUUUCAGUGUCAUGCAUUCUUAGACUAUAAAGCAGCAUUAGAGACUGGUGAUUGCUCAGAUCUCACUUAUCGUAGUAGGAAUAUUGUUCGACCAUUUUCUAUUCGUGGACCAGUAGAUGUGGGUGUCCUGAAACGAUGUUUAUCUAGAGUAUGUCAGCUACACCCUCUUCUUAAAGUCAUGUUUAUUCAAGGCAAACAGAGGAUUUAUUUGCAAGUGUCAAAAGGAGAGCCAACAGUCCAGUUCAAUGUCACAACCGGAUCUUGUCAACGUGUACACACUGUUAUUGAGGAAGAGGUGCACAAACCAUUUGAAUUAGUGAUAGAAGCAAUAAGUGAAGCAGAUGAAGAGAUGCUUUGUAGUAGUGAUUGCUCAAGAGUUGAGAACGUUGCGACACUUGAAGAAGAUAGAAAUGAUGUUUCAGAUUCAAAACUACCUUAUUCUCAAUCAUUGAAGCAUUUCCAAUUGCAUUAUGGAAAUGGUCCAAAAACAUAUUUGUUUCGAUCACAACUACUAAGUCAUAACAUAUUUGACCAUACUCUUAUCCUCACAUUUCCAUGUAUUGUGUGUGACUUUUGGUCAUCAUCUUUUUUUGCAAGACAGCUGGCUGCUGCUUAUGCUGUGGAGGAAGUACGCCCUACAAAAGAUGGUUCCAAAGGAAACAGAGAGGCAUUAAAAAGAUGGUCAAAAAAUUUCUUGGUAGCAGCAAAACCAAUGGCAAAUGUAAGCUAUCGAACCAAUCCACAGUUUGGUCAACACUGCUUUGGUGCCAGAAAUAAGAGGUUUAAUCCAUUACGUUCAAGUAAAAUUAAUUUUAUGCAAGUCGCUUGGAGGGAAUUGGAGAUAUCUGUAGUAUUGUCAAAAGAAAGACAGUGGAGUUUAUGGGAAACACUUGCAACCAAGACUGUAAGAAAUGUUCAUGGAAUACAGAGAGUUAAGACUGUAGCACAUGUCAAACUACCAACCCACUUGAAAAUGCAGGCAGCAAAACAACUAAAACAGAUACCAACAUCAAUGAAGUGGCAAACAGAACAUAUGUCAGCUCAGCAGGCUACAGACUUCAAGUUUCUUAAGAUAGAUGAAGAAGUAACGGAGCAUUUUUUACGUAUGCUUCCUCAGUCUUUCUGUUCUUAUGUGGAUCAGGCUCACUAUCUGUACUUUAUGUGCCUUGGUUGUUUUGCGGUACUAUUAGCACGAUGUUGCAGAGGAUGGAACGGAAAUCAUCAAACUCAACUGCAUCUUUCCACAGUCCAUGAAGAUGGACUUGGUGAUUCUAGACGUCGAUCAUCAAUUGGCAAAAGGCCACCAACAAGGCUACCAUCAGCUCGAUACUUCCGGUCUCGUCUGAUGUCUGCUAGGAGCAGAGACGUGAAGACAAGUGUUGUGCUAUCACCACCAGGAUCUGGUCAAUUUCUCAUUGGAACUGAAUUGUCAUUACGGCAGUUUACGUCUGAUUUGGAUGGGCUUUUGGGGCCAUUGAGUAAUGAUGCAUUUGUGAGAGUAAAUCUUUCACAGUGUACAACUUUCCUGGAUCUGAUGAGCUCGCUUUCUUCCACGAUGACAAGUUUACAUCAACACAUCCAUUUUCCCUUUGCAUCUGUCGCUGAUGAUGUAAAUCUUCCUCGUUCUCUUCCUGUUCGACUUUACUACUUGAACAAGCAUGACGUGCUACAACUAGCCAGUCCUGAUGAGUUCUAUUUUACCGAAACGGCUGUUGGAGUAUCAGGACAAGGUCUUGCUAGAUUGGGAACAAAAUGUUAUCUUAGUCCUCUUAAUGGACAGCUGCACAAAGACUGUCAAAUGGAAUUGGUCUUAUGGGAGAACACAGACAACUGUGGUCUUGGAGGUGGCUUUAGAUAUCAACCGCAUUUGAUUCUUCCAAGAGUUAUUGAUUCAUUGAUAAAGUCGUUUGGUGAACUGGUUGAAGCUGUCGCAGAUCAUCCUACUAUCUCACUUAAUGACUUGGUAUCACUAGUCAAACCUCCUUUCUUGCCAAGUCGACAACACAGAAGCAAAUCUUGUAGUAAAAGUGAGAUGAAAUAGGAGUUAGGUUUUAAUGGAAUCUCGUUAGCAUUUGGUACAUAAUUUUGUUAAUAAGUUAUUCAAUACUGUCAGAACACUUAAGUAAGGUAGCAAGCCACAUACUGCAGUCAUUAUUUAGAGAAUGAAGUGAUAUGCUUUUCUGAUGUUCGUAGAAUAUUAUUAAAUAAAUAUUUAGCACCAAAUGCUGGGCUCACUUGCAGUGACUUUGUACUUUCAAAAUUAUUAGGAAGUAGAAGGGACUUUCUU